GUGAGUGUAUCAUUAAUUCGAUGUCAUUUGAAGUGCUUCCCGGGUCACAGUUCCGGUCUCACCCCCAUGCUCCCUAGAAGGAAGCGCGAGUUAUUGUCUUAAUUUGUGUAUUUAACUUGCAAUCUAAAUUUCACCACAUAAUCCCACAAUGGAUCGUGCUAGAAUGACCAUUUCUAGUUUGUUUGGAGUUGAGCCAAGAUCAUAUACACGUUUCAGUCUAACACGCCGAACAGAUGGGGAUGGCAGCAGAGUCGAGAUGAAAUUAGCAGAGACUGAGAAUGAUGAGGAGAUGGGAGAUGCAAUGGCAGAUGGCAUGGAGACUCAGAUAGAGAAACCUCAGAAUAACUAUAAGCCCUUGUGCUAUUUGAUGGCUGCUGUGUUGCUUGUCCUAAUAGGGUUUCUAGUUGGUUACCUGGCAUUUCGUGGUCAAACACCAAGGAAGUCCCUUUCUUUUCCUGUCCAAACUACAGGAACAAGUUGCACAGAUGAUAAUGAUAAUGAUAAUGAUGAAGAUGACAUUAACUCUGAAAGUGAGACAGAAUUUUCAUCACUCUAUUUCUCUGAUCUUAAGAAAAUGCUACAGGAUAGCCUGAGAUCUUCAAAUCUGGUAUCUAAAAUUCGUGAAGUGUCUGAGAUUAGCAAUCGUGAAACUGGAAACAGUGGAGAUCUGACUAUCACUCAGAUAAUCCGUCAAGAGCUUUUGAAGAACUUGGGUCAGCACAAUGUCUGGUUUGACACUCACUAUGUAACGCUGCAAGUUAACAGUAAAACUCCAAAUAGAGUCUGGAUUGUUGGAGGUAAAAACAAAGAAGAGGUGAGGCUAGAACAGAGAAAUUCAAAGGUCUACUGUCCAUACAGUGCAACUGGUAACUUCACGGGCAAACUAGUAUAUGCCAACUAUGGAACUAAAGAAGAUUUUGACAGUUUGAGCAGCAACAACGUGGCAGUCAAUGGCAGUGUUGUCAUUGUUCGUGCGGGAAAGAUUAAUUUUGCUGAGAAGGUUUCUAAUGCUGAGAAGAUGAAAGCUGGAGGUGUUCUAAUCUAUCCUGAUCCCAAAGAUUAUGAUCUGAAUAGAGAAAUAGCUAUGUUUGGACAUGUACACUUGGGCUUAGGUGAUCCCCGGACUCCUGGAUUUCCGUCCUUCAAUCACACACAGUUUCCCCCAACUAAAUCAUCAGGACUUCCUGGAAUUUUAUCUCACUCAAUUAGUGCAAAUGCUGCCAUUUAUCUUCUCAGUAAAAUGGGUGGUGUUGAUGCUUCAAUUUGGGACAGCUCGGCAUCCAAACUUGGGCCAGGGUUUGCUAAUGAUGAUGAAGAAGUAAUGUUGGAAGUGAAUAAUGUUGAACAAGUGAGAGAAAUGCACAAUGUCUUUGGCGUUGUUAAGGGUUUAGAAGAAUCAGAUCAUUAUGUUGUGAUUGGCGCUCAGCGUGACUCCUAUGGACCUGGUGCAGCAGAGUCUGGAGUGGGAACUGCCUUGCUAUUGGAGCUGUCUAGAGUCUUCUCCACGAUGGUUGAAGAUGGUUUCAGACCGAGAAGAAGCAUUAUCUUUGCAAGCUGGAGUGGUGGUGAUUUUGGAACAAUUGGAGCAACAGAGUGGCUAGAGGGAUACAUGUCUGUGUUGCAUCUGAAGGUCUGUGCCUACUUUAGCCUUGACAGAGCAGUGCUGGGAGAUGAUAACUUCAAAAUGUUUGGCAGUUCCAUGUUGCACGAUCUAAUUCAAAGAACUAUUUCAAUGGUAAAUAGCCCUUCAUCACCUGGACAAACUAUCUAUGAAAGGGCAGGUGCUGACAACUGGUUGAAAGCAGCUUUUCAGCCAAUACCUAUGGAUACUAGUGUUUAUGCAUUCUUGGCAAUUGGUGGGAUCCCAGCUAUUGGACUGAGUUUUACUGAGAAUAAAAAUUACCCAUUAAAUACUGAAGAGGACACAGUGAACACUCUCUCCAGGUUUACUAAUGAUAAACUAGAGGCUGUCAGUCGUACUGUGGCAGAAGUCAUCGGAAUUGCUGUGUUAAAGCUAAUCCAUCACCAUCAACUUCCACUUGAUUACCAGAAAUACGCUAAUGAUUUGUUGACCUACACUACUGAUAUUCAAAACUAUGCAUCAGAGCUGCAGGAUCGUGGACUGACUACACAGUGGCUGUUUUCAGCACGUGGUGACUUAGUACGUGCUGCCAAUGAUCUGUCCACCAAAAUCGAAAGCUCUGAUAUGACUAAUGUAUUGCUCUGCAGGACUUACAACAACCGAAUUAUGAGGAUGGAGUACAAUUUUCUUUCUCCUUAUGUGUCUAUAAAGAGUUGCCCAUAUAGACACCUGUUAUAUGGCAAAGGAAACCACACCCUUGCUGGCAUUGUGGAGCAGCUAAAACUUCUGAGAGCGAACCCUGACCUCGUUGAUUUCAACAUGACCCGCAACGACUUGGCUUUUGCUACCUGGACCAUCCAGGGAGCAGCCAAUGCACUUGGUGGAGAAGUGUGGACCAGCAGCAAUGAUUUCUGAUCAUGUGACUUCUAUAGGCAUUUGCGCUGGUUUGACUGCAGGCAUUGCUUUACCUUUCGAAACGCUGAGAUAUAUUAAUGCCUUAGCACUUGUCACUUAAACUUAACCAUUCUCCUAUGGGAUUAAUUGAUAUUUGUAUUUAAAUCAUAAAAGGCAUCUGUUUUGUGAAGUGCAAACCUUUUUUGUUGUACAAAAUCUGGGAACUGAAAUUGCUUAUCAGACAUAUAUUCAGGUGUCUCAAAAGAACAGAUAUUCUAUUCCAGUAGUGCAAGUGAGAGGACAAUAAUAUCUCAGCUAUAUUUAAGUCAUCUAUAAUCUUUUGCAUUCUGUAAUGCUACCACUUAAGCUGUUUAUACAGUAGCCUUAGAGAGGUGUUUGCAUUGCUUGUUCCCCUAAACAGACUUUGUGCACCUGGCAGAAGCCCUCUUGUCAACAACUGCAGUCCAAAUUUACUAAAUUUACUUCUGGUUAAAGAACAGCUCCUGGGAAGACCUGCUUUCACCAGGUCUUUUGGGAGCUGAUCUUGGCAAGUUAACAAAUUUCAUUAGCAUUCAAGAACUGCACAUUGUUAACCUAGUGGUGCAAGUACCUCCUUAGACCAGUGGAGAAGCAGCUGUGCAAUAUCUGCUUUCAUAGGUGACUGACCUUGUGUUCUUGCUUUGUAUAGUGGUGAGCAAAGGAGUACAUUUAAACUUGGAAACAUUUAGAGGGAAAGGAAUAUGUAUGGGAAAACAAGAGGUGGUUAAAUGGCAGAAGUGAUAUAAUCACGAGAAAUCAAAAAUACAAAACUAAUGAAACGUGAAUAUUUGGGUGCUGAAUACUGUAAUCUGACAACCCAAGUUGGGAAUUCACUAUUCUUCAUGUGCUGCACUACAAUUGAUGGAUAAUUGUAGCUUAGUUAAAUGCUGUAAAAUACUGAUGAAGCUGUUGACCUGGCCUCUGGUUUCUCCUCAAAACAUUUUGUGUGAGGAGUUGAGCUCUUGGGCAUUGUACUUGGGGCGCAAGGAUUUAUGUAAUGUUAAAUAUCUCCGUAUCCUGAAAGAAUAUAAUGACAUCACUCCUUGGAGCAGUGAAGCAUAGAAGCCUCUAGAAAUAUAAUGUGGGUAACAACAAGAAACUGAGGAGCACUACAAAUUAGUUCAGUGUAAUAUGGAAAUUAAAUUGGUUACGUAACAGGCAAAAUUUCUAUAAUUGUGCUGGUUUCUAAAGGAAGAAGUUUUCAAAAUUAAAUCUGAUUGUAACGCCAGCAAAAUUGAGAUGAUCUGGGAAGAUUGAAUAAUGUGGGUUAACACUGAUUCAGUGGCACCAGUAAAAAUGUAAUAUAAAAUAAAUGUUCUCAUUAAUAGCAACACCACUUUCAAAUCUAAUGGGUCGAUCUGGAAAAUAAUGAGGCAUAAAGCGUGGUGUAGUUUAAGCUAAGUGUAGCUUAAAAGAAUUACAUUCAAUCCAUUGGACAAGUUUGUGUUUCUAUGUCUCACGAGACAGCAUCAUUUUGCAAAAGUGAAAGGCAUGAAGUAGUGCAAGAUUUCCCGCAGAAUAGGGAGAAUGACGUCAACAGCAUUACAGUAAGCAAAUGUUAAGAUUUUCAGAAUAAAAUUGAGGUUAGGACAAAAAUUGUAGGUAUAUAAAAUUAAUUUGCAUAAAAUACUUCCAAACCUCUACUGCAUGGGAAAAGUUAAAUAUAGUGAAGGUAGCUAGGAGAAGCAAAUUACAAAUAUUAAUAAUGUUACCUAUUGGUUGGGAGAUGCUAAUAAGUACAAGUAAUAUGGAUAAACAGGUUUUGCCCAUUGAAAAGUAUAAGGGCAUUAGCUGCUUAUAUUGAUUAUAAUAAUGCCAUGUCACUAAAUGAAUCAAACUCAUGAGAAAUUGAAAACAAAGUGUAUAAUUAAUCUAUGGCCUUACUUGUAGGUCUUUACUUGAUUUUAAAUGGGAGUGAAAGCAACUAUUUUUGAAGAAUUCAUUGCACUUUUUUCUGGAUGAAGAAUAGUAAGCAUAACUGUUAAUCGAAUGUUACCCAGUGUCACAAGAAUGACAAACUCGAACAAAAACGCAUACAAUGAUCUCUAACUCAAUUGGCUUCUUUGUCUUGGGAAUUUUUACUGUUCUCAAAAGAACAGUUGUGUUUUAUAAAGCUCAAAGUAAUGGUACAUUCAUGUUUUCUGAGUUCAUUGUAUAUUUAGGUGGGAUGGGGCUGCUGCAUACUUGGUGCCUUCACCUUACCCCAGAUUGGGUUGAUGUGCUAAUUAGGUAACUUUUAUGUUGUGCCCAAGAACAGGCCCAAUUUUAACUCUGACUUUAAAAUACAAUCUAGGUGUAGAUAGUAAAUAGUUGGUAUAGUUUGCAUUUGUCAUCUAUUUUAGAAUCUUUAAAACAUGAAUAUUUUUUCUGUCUCAUUUCAGUGCUAUUCACCUGUCUUGAAAUUGACGUGCUUGGCAACUAUACAAUAACUGUAUUUCUGAGUACUUUAUUACAAUUAUCUAAACUUCCAAUUUAUGGGUAAACCUUUGCUCAUCACCUCUUUUUCCAUUAAUUGAGUUUAAAGUGAAGUUAUGCUGUGAAAGAUGGCUUGUCAAAUGGCAUGUUCCUUGAUAAAAUGCAGACUGCUCUCUUUUCAGCAGAUAGUUUGAUGGGUCAGUUAUUGUGCAAAGCACAAUAAUCCCAUUUUGAGUAAGGGAUAAUUUGUUAAAUUACAAGUUGCCUUGAAGAGCUAAAGAAAAUUAAAUUAGCACAGCCAGCCUAUCCCUUGGUAAUUUUCUGAAUUUUACUGGUGUAGGGGCUUACAAAUGCCUUCAAAGCCCAGAACUAGUGGCACGAAAAGAAACGUCAUACUUGGCUUAGUUAUCUUAAUCCAUUUAACACCUGUUCAAGUACUUUACUGCUGCCUGCCUAUUAAUCUAGAAUAUUGGCCAAAGUGACAGGGCUCAGUGCUUACCAAAUAUCAUCUAUCUUUCAAAAUAAUGCAUCUAAAGUAUUAUCUGGUUAAGGAACUUCUAAGGAUGCUGAAAUUGACACUAAAGUGGCUGUAUAACAGGAACUAUUUAAUAAUACAGCUUCUAUAUGCUUGUCACUUAAGCAUCUGUCAAGCCCAGUUAUCAUGUCACUACCUUUUCCACCAGUCAGCACUGAGAUAUUUAUUUUUUUUAUUUAUCAGUGACAGAGUUCACUAUAAAUAGUGUUUUAUCUUUUUUAAAAUAAGAUAAUUAUCGGAAGCAGUGUCUUCCAUAAUUAUGACGGUUAUACUGUCGACAAUCAGAAAGCAGCAUCUGCUACUAAGAAAUGAAAGCCUAUGACAUUUCUACAAGUUUAAAACUCAUUAUCGGGAGCAGUGUCUUCCAUAAUGUCAUGAAAUAAGGUAGUUUUUGCCUACCAAGGUGUAUAUCGGAAGCAGUGCCUUCCAUAUGUUCCACCUAAGGUGUAUAAAAAUUAUCGGGAACAGUGAUUCCCAUAAUUUAUCUAUUUUAUUUGAAUAGCAGUUGCAGGGGUUGGGGGGUUGCUAAUUGCAUGCUUAUGAUCAACUACAAUCAUGUUUUAUUUGCUUAAAUAUGUGUAAUAGUAGUUUAACUUGUGGUUUAUGUCCCCAUGUAUAAGGACCUUGUGUGCCUUGUAUUGAUAUAUGUUCACAAUUACUUUAAAACUUAUGUGUCCCAUUUUAAUUGUUACUUGGGUAUGUGGAGCAGGGAGAAGAAAUCCAGGGACCAGUAGUAAUAAAAUUGGGUAAUAAAACA